GAGCCAGAUGUGGGGCUGGAUUCAAGGACCCUGGAUCAUGACCAGAGCCGAAGGCAGUUGCUUAACCAACUGAGCCACCCAGGAGCCCCUAUAAUCUGUUUUGAAGGCCGAGCCCUACAAAUCAAUGCAUCUUUCAGGGAUUGCUGUCCAGAGGGUAUUUGUAACAAUGAAUCAUUCCUUUCACUCUUUAUAGAAUGCAUCAAUCAACUUAAAGCAUUCAGGGAGAGGGUUGGGUGAACAGACAGAUUAGUUCUGUGGGAAGCCGAGGGAAAUGUAAGAAGUACAGCUCCCUGUCUGCUGCCCCAAAGCCAGCACCCAGGUCAGGACCAGGGGCUCUGUGAGCCAGCCAGCUGCCUGCUCAGACCUGCCUCCUGAGGGACAGCCCCUUUCUGGGCCUCAGAGCUGGGGAAAGGGAACCUUCAGGAGGUGGGAUGAGGGAGCUGUCCACCCACCCUCAGGGGACUCUUGGCAGUUCCCGCUACAAUGGCAGCCCUGAAGUCCUCCAGCCUGAGCAAAGCCGGGAGCAGCCUUGGGCUUGGAACCCAAGACUGCAGAGAUUCCCAACUGAGACUUGUCUUGGUGGGUAAGACGGGAGCAGGAAAAAGCGCAACGGGCAACAGCAUCCUUGGGGAGAAAGUGUUUGUUUCCAGCCUUGCAGCAAAAUCGGUCACCAAGGUCUGUAAGAAAGGGAGCAGCAGUUGGCACGGGAGAGAAUUUGUCGUCGUGGAUACACCUGGCAUUUUCGACACCGAGGUACAGGAUGCUGACACGAAGAAGGAGAUCGCUCGCUGUGUCCUCCUGACUUCCCCGGGGCCUCACGCUCUGCUCCUGGUGGUCCCGUUGGGCAGGUACACGCAGGAAGACCAGAAGGCCACGGAGAAGAUUCUGCAAGUGUUUGGAUCCCGAGCUAAGAGAUAUAUGAUUCUCUUAUUCACCCGGAAAGAUGAGUUGGAAGGCAUGAGUUUCGAUACAUUCUUAGAAGACGCUCCAGACGGCAUCCGAGAGCUGGUGGACGAGUUCAGGGAUCGCUACUGCGUGUUCAACAAUCGGGCAGAAGGAGCUGAGCAGGAGGCCCAGAGAACGCAGCUGCUGUCCCUGGUCCAGCGCGUGGUGGUGGAGAACAAAGGAGGAUGCUACACCAAUAAAAUGUACCAAAAGGCCGAAGAGGAGAUUCAGAAACAAGUCCAAGUGACACAAGAAUUUUACAGAGCAGAGCUAGAGAGACAGACAGCGCAGAUCAGAGAGGAGUUCGAAGAGAAAAUGAGAAAGCUGGAGGAUAAACUGGAGCAGCAGAAACGAAAGGAGGAAAUGGAGCGAGAACUGGCAGAGAAGGAGGCUCUCUAUGCUCUAAAGCAGCGAAAUGCCAGACAUGAAGUUGAGAAUAAAAGUGGGAUGCUUGACUUAAUCAUGAAAGCAGUGAAGAUGGCUUGUUUUGUUUUCUCAUGUCUGUUUCAGGACGAUUAAAUGGAAUGCAAAGAUCUCUUUAUUUCCCGCGUGUUUUCUGGAGGUCUUGCCCCCACAACUCAUUCCCCAAAGCAGAGUGAGCUCAGCUGCAUCUCCCAGGCUCUCCCGACGAAGGAAUGUGAGAAAGUUCAGUUAGCACCCAAGGGGUUUGGUUGCCUUAACAGGGAAGGGACAAAUUGUCAAUCUGUGGAACUCCAAAGCAGAAAGUAUCCAUGCUCUCUACCUUGUGAACUCUUCAAAGAAGAUGACCCCAAACUUUCUCUAGUUUUCCCUAGUAAAAGUUUCUCCUCUAGAUUCUUUCUAGAUUGCUGGAUCAUCUCCCUCUGUGACUUCUACUCUCUCAUUUUUGCCUUUAGGACACAGGGAUCACUUUACCCAUAGGGUUUGUUAGAAAGAUCGUUCCUUAUGUCGAGUAAUCUAUAGAUGGAGAUGCCUAUAGAAUUCUUUCCAGAUGAUUGGAAAUUUGUUUCAUUACAGUUGUAUAGAAGGACUCAAAUUGUUCCUUAUCGUCUGUCCAUUGAAGAACAAAGAGUCUUCUGGAAAACAGAGCUCUCAGAACUCAACUAAGAGAAAUGCCAGAAAGAGCAGAUGGCAGACAGAAAUUCAACACAGAAGCGAACAACGUUUGCUGUGUUCAGAGUAUCUACAGCAGCUCUUUGACCAAAUUCAAUGCAAAAUACUUGCUGAAUAACCAGUUUUCUCCUUUUCUUGUGAAACUAACUGUUGCUACCACACCUUGAUUACUCACUGCUUUGCAGGUCAUCUGCACACUAAGGACCCCUCCCCCUCGCCCAGUUGAAUUGCUUGCUUAUUGUUAUUAUAAUAAAACUUUUCUGUUCUUUCAUACUU